ACGUACAAGUCAAGACAAACAAAAAAUGUUGAUUUUGAGAAAUCUGAGUGCACCACCGAAAUAAAAUAGAGACUUUGUUACUUUGUACACAACAUACAUCAGGUAUAAUUUAUUGUUAGCAUAUCGAUUUUGUUCUAUUUCAUGCAGAACAAAAGUGGCAAAAUUCAGAAUAGGUUGAUGCCGGACAUCUACCACUUGUUUCGUUAUCAUUUUGUUAUACAAAGGUUUAUAGCCAGCUUACUAAAUAGCCAUGCCUGAAGACGAGUGUGCAGAACUUAGUAAAGCCCUUGAUGUCUUAGAAGAUAAUACAUUCGACACAACAAUAAUGAGAUAUCAGGAAUUCAAAGUGAUACAAAAUGUAGUAGACAGUGACACUGCAUUGAACAUUCACAACAUAAAAAGGGUGCUGGCUGUUUGCAUCCACAAUAUGAAAGAUGAGAAGAGGUUUUGUGGCAAUUCAUUGACUAUUGUCUCAUCCAUUCUGAAAAAAAUUAAUUCUGGUCAACUUACAACAGUCCCUGAUCUCAUACCAUCAGCUUUGGCCAUCAUCAACAUAUUGAAAACUAUAGCCCGUACACCCAAGAUAGACACUUUGCAAGUCCUGAGUUUCAAUACUCUGUUGUCAUAUCCUGAUGAGACAUUUGUGACUAUCACCUCUUCACAUAUCACAGAGAUAAUGGAACUGUAUCAUCUUUAUUGUCACAACAUAAUAUCGAAGGAAGUGAGGUUUCUGCUCUGUGAUGUAUUAAUAAAGCUGCUUAAAAUACUCCCUCAAGAAAGGAGAACAAUAUUUGUUAAAGAGUAUUUAAAUAUUUGGUUUAUUAAACUUAUACCAACAGUUUUGAAUGAUGAAUCACUUGGUUCAUACAAUACAAAGCAUUUUGAGGCUUUAGAGCUGUUGGCUGAGGAACUCCAAAAUGUUGAAUAUUCUGACAAUCAACACUGGGAAGUGCUUUUUGGAUGUAUAUACAAUCCACAUAAAUAUCCUCUAAUCAUGAAAAAUCUUUUAGACUCUGGCAAUCCAUAUUGGCACAGACUGUGGAUUGUAUUUAUAAAACUUCUCAAAAAUCAGAUAACCCGCAGCAAUACUCAAGGAAGUCCCAUAAAUGCUUUGUUACCAGUUGUCGAGGCAGCUUUUAAGAUGGAUGUACCCAAUCGGUGUCGGGCAUUCAAAUGUUGGGAAGUACUCAUAGACAACUUCUCUAAAGAAACAAAUGAGGUUUAUAUAACCAAGAGGUUAAAACUCUUGAUAAUACCACUCCAUUCAAAUAAUGCUAAAGUUGAAGAAACUGCCAUUGCCAAAUUGCAUACAUGGUGGCAUUUAAUUAGGAAAUUUGAGAGCAGAAUAAAUAAGUUUUUUGAUUCAGUACUAAUUGCAUUCUUGAAUUUUUGCUUUGGCAAAAAUGUUUCAACUGUCAAAGCCACAUUUGUACCUGGACUGAUCUCGAGUAAUGUUAAGAAAAAUUGUGUUGAGGCUUUUAUCAAUAUUGCUGGCCAUUUAGACUGCCCUGGAUGUGGUUCUUUGCCUAGAUUGGAAGGUAAAUUAAUAAACACUCAGGUAUUAGUAUGCAACUGGGGUAACUUUGCGUACUGUCUUCGUAAAGCUAUUAUUAUAGCUGCAGAUGAUUCAGUAGGAGUGACAGUAAAUCAGGCUCAGUGUUUGUGGAAAUCAUUUGUGCAGAUCAUUGGAGAUUUGCCUGACAACAAUGUUCGAAGAGAUAUAUUUAAUGAGUUAUUAUCGGUAUUGGAAAAAUUAACACAGGAUUCCCAUCAAAGUGCUACAGAUAAUGCUGGCAAGAUUGAAUUGGAGGAUUUAAUUCUGAACUUGGUUUUUUCAUUAUUUGCAAAUGACAAUAAUAAAAUUAUGUCCCUACUUACUACAAUGCAAAAGACUGAGGGGCCAAUGUUUAAAAUUUUGUCUAUAAUUUUGGGACCAAUUUCAAAUAAUCUUUAUAAUAAAAAUGAUAGCAUUGGCUGUGUGAACAAGUUAAAAUCGGUCAUAAAAUGUAUUUUGGACGAAAAAAUGUGUGUCGUUAGCCAUAUAGUGAAUUGGUUGAUGAAAAAUUUGUCUCCCAAUGAUAAUACACUAGUAAUAUGGACAGCGUUGGCUGAAUCGAUACACGAAAAUGGUACGAAGACAGAAUCUUUGAACUUAAACUAUAUAUUAAUGUGGCCUUUGAAAAAUAUCGACAAAUUCAGUGAUUCUGCAUUGGCAUCAUCGGCAUGGUAUAAUCUCUGUAUAUUGACUUAUUCAAACAGCAAUAGUAAUGUCGACCAGGAAUCGUUCAAGUUGGUUAAAAAUACGACUAUAACCGAUUAUAAUAAGGUGUUUUUAUUAUAUGCUUCUUUAGCGAUUUUGAAGUUAAAAUUGAUUAAAGGAAAUGCAAGUAACAUCGAAAAAGAUAUACAAGUUGUUUUGAAUGCAAUGUCGAAGAUAGAAGAGUAUACAAGCAUUGAAAAAAUAUUGCUGAUUCUAGUAGAUACUCUUAUUCUUUUGACAAGUAAGAUUAUAGACGUUUCAAAUGCUACUACUUCAGAAUAUGUAUUCGUAACUACAAUCCAAAUAUUAACUGUUUUGAAACAACAGUCGCCAGAUACUGUCGAAGAUUUAUUGCAGUUCAUUCAGCAACUACACAAAAAUAUAGAAAUUUUCGUCAAAAGUUCAAAUUCUUUGCAGUUAAAACAAAACAUUAUAGUCAAACUAGCAACUUAUGCAACAGUCGAUAAUAAAUAUCAACAAAAGGAAAUAAUACAGUUAUUGAACUCGUGUCUGUGUGAGAUAAAAGACGUUGAUAAUUCUUUUUAUACAACUAUCAAAAACAGUAUAGACGGUUUGGGUUCUAAAGAAAAUAAAUCUGAAAAUUCUAAGCAAAACAAUAAUUUUACUACACCAAAUACUAAAGCAAUAACUAGAAAAGCAAAGAAAAAAGAAGCUAGUAUUGUGAACACUGUAGUAGAAAAUGGAGAAGAAUAUGUUGUAGUCAAAUCGAAUUGGAAAUUCAAUCCUAGGAAACUGACUGAAAAUCAGAAGGAAAAAUUGCAAAGAAAAAGAGAUGACAUUCCAGCUCUCUAUCAGGACUUGUCUCAGUCUCAAGACGAAUUUAAAAUGGCGACAUGGAAAGCGGACUCUCAGGAUAGCUCAACGACAAUGAGUAGUAAAUCAAACUCAAAAACAAGCGACGAUCCUGCAUCUAUUCUGAAAUUUAUACCUAGUUCCGAAGUUGUGCCUAAAAUUAUUGAUAACAUUUUCUCAGAGAGUGCUUCUAAAGCUAACACAAUGACAGAGCAAUCAGAAGAUAAAUUAUUAGAUAAUAAUACAAGUAAGUCUAAACAAAUUGUAACCAAAGACGUCAAAUCGCCUCGUGUAGCUCUGAAAGAUAGGGUUUUUAGAAAUGUAAGAAAUCUUAUAGAAAAAUCAUCAUUACCAGCAAACGGCAAGGAUAGGUCAGAAAGCUUAAUACAAAUAGAAAAUGUUCCUAAAACACCCGUUUCUACGGUUUUAAAUAUUAGUAAGAUAACUAACUCUGCGCCACCAAAAGUAAAUACAGAAAGACCAUCCCGCGUGAAAAGAAAACCAAAAAAAUUAGAUGAUGUAGUGUUAUUUGGCUUAAAAAAGCGAAGAAAUUCUUUGGGUUGCAAUGAUCAAAAUGAUUCACAAGGCGGUAAUGAGUUAAGUGAAAGCCGAUUAGAUGAUUGUAAUAUGCAAGGGGAAUCAAUCAAGAAUGUAGAUAUAAAAGAAGACAAACAAUCAGAUAUAGUUUUGGGUAAUAAAACAAAUUUAGAUACUAACAUGGAAAUUGUUGACGACCCUUUAAAUAAACCCAUGGAUAAUAGAGUAGUCGAAAAACUUGAUGAAAAAGAAGAUGAAGUAAUCCAUAUAAAAGAUGAUGUUGAUGGAGCAAAUGUUGAAAACAAAAAUUCUGAUAUUAACCUUCUCGAAAAGGAAAAAAAUGUGGAAACCAGUUCUAAAACUUGUGAUAAAGAUAAGAAUUCAUUGUUAACACCGAAAACAAUAAAGAAAAAAGAUUCACAAGAAUCAUCUAUCAAAAAAAGUACUACAAAAAAAUCUAGAAUUGAAAAAGAAUUAGCUAUUGAUAUGGUUGAAGGACAUCCAUUUUUGAAAACCCAAACUGAAAAGAGGUUAACAAGAAAGAAUCUUAAUAAUUCUACAAAUAAUAGUAGAAGAACAAGUUUAGCUGAAAAAAAUAAUAAAUCUAAGUCUGAUAUCAAAACGCCUUUAAGACAAGAUAAGAAAAAAGAUAAAGAUAAGAUUAAAGAUGAAACGAACAAACAGAAGGCUAAAGGAAUAUCCGUGAAAUCUGAAGAGCUAAAAGAAGACGCAAGUUUUGAAUCCAUAGAAGAUGCUCCUUGCUCUGAGGAUGUAAUUGAAAGUUCCCAGGAUUCCACAGUCACUACUAUAAGUGUAAAGUCGACAAAGUCAUUAGUGCCGAAAAAAACAUUACUUAUAGAAAAUGUUCAUGUACUCGAUAAACGUGUUAGUAAGGAAUUAGAAACUCAAAAUUUGUUAGAUACUCAUAUUAAAAAUAGUUCAUUUAUUGACAAUAAAGAAGAUAGUAAAGAGGAUAUAGAAAUACCGAAGAAUAAAACGGCUGAAGAUGCGCAGGGAGAUAUAGAUCUGACAGAAACAAUGGAUACAGAACCUUUCGACAGUAAGGUUGUAGAUGAAAUUAUUGUGAUUUCUGAUGAUGUGCCAAUAAUUUCACUAGAUACAGAUGUUGCGGGACCGGAGACACAAGAAUUGGCAGAAGCUGAUACACUACCUAACAUCGUUGAAGAUUUCAUAGAACAUCCGACAAAUAAAACCAUUGUUGAUUCGAAUAUAACGACAGUUACAUCAACUGUAAGUGAAGUCGACAAUAAACUUCAGACAGACAACGAAAAUAAGACUGAUUUAACUAUAGCUGAAACUACAGACUCUGGAACUUUAGACAAAGAUACUGACGUAUCUUCUCCAUUUAAAGACGAUGUUCAGAGAAAACAAGACUUCUUAGAUAACACAUUUGAGAUAUCCCCAAUUAAGACUAUGAGUCCUGAUAGAGAUAAAAAGUCACCGUCGCCAGAAACCAGUAGUGAUUAUGUUGUAAUUAAAUUGUCUUCGCCAGUGCAAAGUAAUGGUGAGCCUUUUGACAAGUGUGAUUCGCCGGAAAUUUUCACUGAAGACAAGAUCUCACCAGACAAACGUAAUCAAUCGCCUCCUAGAGAAGAAGUCGCUGUGACUAAUACGAGCCCGAGUUCUAGUUUGUCUUUAAAGAAAAAUAGACCACAGGUUAGAAGUGGCGGUCGUGCGGCACAAAUGCUUGGUCUUUGCGUCCCGGAUAGAUUGCAGACCUUAAAAAAUUCUGAAAGAUUUGAAUCUGAAGAGCCAAAAAGAAGUCCAUCGACCACGCCUGCCAGAAGGAAUUUACGUAUCUUAUAUAAUUCAGUUGGUGAUAAUAGUGAAAAUUCAGAAGAAAAUGAAGACAGUGAUAACUUUUUGAAAUUGAAAAGGUCUUUGCCUACGGCUGAUAGUAGUCCUUCUGUACCUAUCCUAAAAAGGAAGUUAGCUGAAAUAAUCGACGAGGCUACCGUUUCACCUGCCAGCAAAAGGAAACGAGUUAGUUUUCACGACCCGCCAGUAUCUACCACAGUCUCUGUACAUAAGUAUAUAGAACCAUGUGGUGUUAGAUCCCCACAAAAUUCAGCACUCAAACGCCAAGAGCGACAGUUGAGAUCACAGACAAAUUUGAAGUCACCCAAAAGACUCGACACAGCAUUUAAGUUAGAUAUGGUUCUAAACAAAGCUGUUGAAAGUUUUGACGAAUCUCAAAAGAAUGCCAGUGUAGAUGAUACACAAAUGACUUCUUUAGAUGAAACUCCUGUAGUAGAAAUAGUAAAGACGAGUGAUCUUAACGACGCCUAUCCAAUAUGUCCUAACUUAGUUGAUUGUAGUGACCCAAUAGAUGCUAUUGCUUCUGAACUGUCCUCUCCAGCCACGAAAAUAAUGUUCUUGAAGGAAUUGGAAGGUGAAAUUAUAACAAUCGGUGAUCUGGCUAAGAUGACUGAACUUGAAGUAAAUAGGUUAUGUAUAAAGGCGCCCAAAGUGAAGGUAGCUAAGAAAGUGUUGUCCGACUACGCUUCAAAAAAAGUUGCAUUGCAAGACAAGGAACUCCCGCAAGAGAUAAUGGAAGUCGAAGUGCCGCCUAAGGAAAUAGAGGAAAUUAAGAAAAGUGAUGCAGAAAAUCAGACUAAUGUAAUGUGUGUGGAUAUGGAAAUUCAAACAAAUAUAGUGGAGUUUACGACCGCGAACAUGCAGACUGAUGACGUUGCCACCGCACAGUGUCACACCCAGACAGUACAGUCGGGCAGUAAUUCUACGGAAAUUAUUAUUUCUUCAUGUUUAUCGGAAAGAAAAGACUUCAUAUUAGAAUUGAAUAAAAACCUGCCAGACUCAUCCAAACAGGAAAUUGUUGAGAGCUUACAGUUUGACACACUCAAAAAUUCUUUUAUGAAAAAGGUUAAUAACCAAAAUUACUCCACUGUUAUAACUGAUGUGCUGAAAAAUACUGCGAAAGGUGAUUCAGAUUUGUCACGUCUGCAAACAUAUCUAUCUGAAAAGUAUACAUCCAGACAACUGAUAUUAUUCUGUAGUGAGUUAUUGCGUAAAUUACAUGAUGAAUCAAUGCAAGAUUAGGAAAUCAGGAUACAAUGUUUGUAUGCAUUUUUUUUCGGUAUUUGAUUAUAUCUUGAAGGAUUGUGUUCUAUCUUAUAGUAUUCAUACUUGUAAGAGUUCAGUAUAAACUUUAUAAUCGUUUCUUACUGAAGAAACUUUCAAGUUUAUGAUUUUAAACAAUAAGAUAUUUUUUCUUUUUAAGUACGUCUUUUAAUAUAGCAUAGAAAUUGUACAUUUUAAGUCUUUUAAUUUUUUAUUCAUUUCAACAUGUUAUUCGAGAUGAUUUUUAAAUUUGGUUUAGAAGAAAACUAAAAAACUCUUAUCAAAACCUAUUUAUUUCAUAACAAGUUCAUAUUUACAAUAUCAGUCAUGAUUGUUGACCUAACGGGUCACACAUUAGUUCAUCCAUACAAAACUCUUAUUACCACAAAAUGCAAUGGCGAUUAUCCUAUAUUGUAUGAAUGAAUCUGCAUUUCAGAAGUGGGAUUUUAUGUAUUUUUCGAAUUACAUAAUUUAAUAGUCAAUGUUGACAAAGUUUACAUGCUUGUACGAAGUUUGUACGCACAUGUUACAUCAAUUAAUAUAUGUUAUGGCGUAUAUAUUAAAAAGAUAAAUUUAUUUCCAACAGUGAUGGCUUUUAUACAUUUAUCUAUAGACAGAAUACUGAUAAAUAUUAUCUUCAUUUAAAUAUUUGCCUCUUUUCGGAAUGCGAUAAAUAUAAAUAAAUAUUAUAUUUAUCACUUUUGAAUAACAACGAUUUUGCGUGUAAACUCUGUCAAAUAAGUAAAAGUACAAGAUGGCAGCAAAAUAUAUCAGGAUCUUACAGAUAUAACACAAAUUAUGAACAGCAAACUACUGUAGACAAAUUACCUUAAAGCUUUAUAUAUAACACCAAGACUUAGCCUAUGUAUAACACACUUAUAUGUACACAUCCGAUAGAACAUAACUUAAAAUAGGUACCCAGAUUUAUAUCACACAAAAAAAUCUUAAAUCUUUAACUGCCAAAUUAGAUUAUACAAAUUACAGACUGAAAUUUGUAAAUAUAAAGGGUCAAUUCGACUAAAUAUUGUAUGAUUAAAAAUAGAUUUCUUGAUUACAUAAAUCCAAUACUUUACAGUACUAUUCUAUGAAGUAAAUUUUUUUAGCAGAGUUCAAUUGGACCCAAAAUACGCCGCGUCGUAGGAACUAGUAUUUUUAAAUAAAUUAUUUUAAAAUA